AUGAAUCCUGGCAAUGCCGCCUCCCUCUCUCUCGAGCGCGCUCCCGAUCAUCCUCCUCUCCGCCUCCGCGCGCGCCGCCUCCAGGUCUAUGCGCUCCUCCUGCUUUCCAUCUUUACCCGGCUCAACCACGAGCGUGCACCCACGAAGCUCUCCACCCACCGCGACUUCAUGUUCACGCUUCACGGCGUUGUCUACCUCCGCUACAACUCCUUCGCCACUCCCCACGAUCUCAAGAAGCAGGUCUGCGCAUACAACCUCACCCGCUUCGAGAUCGGCCUCGUCUACUUCGCACGUACAGUCCGCUCAGUCGCCUUCGCUCCGCAGCUCCGCGAGCUCAUCAUCAACAUGGGUAUGUUCGACUGCGUCACCGCUGACAUCUGCUGCCGCUGCUAA